ACGGCAACGCAGCGCAACGGCGGCCGCGUCGCAGCUGCGCAGUGCACUAUACUGCAGCACAGUGACGACAGCGGCGGCUGGCGCCACCCAUCGCCGCGGCUCACCGCAAGGGAGCUCGCCUCGCUGCGCGUCGUGGACAAGGGCGGGAUGACAGGGACGACGCACAACGGCGAGGUGCUGCAGCCGUACCUGACGCGGCGGCUGAGCGGGUACAGCGCUGCGGACCAGCGCGCGUCGUGGGAGGAGGUGGUGGACGCCGUGUCGCUGCACUGCGGCAUCUUCGACCGCCGCGUGUACGACGCCGUUGGCGGGCUUGCGGGCGCGCUGUCGGUGCCCGCUGUGAGGGACGCCGUGAGUGCGCGCCAUGACCACGCGAUGGGCGCCGUGGACCGUGGUGGGUGGGCGCUGACGCUGCGGAUGCAGGAGGCGUACCCUGCGUGGCAGGUGUGGGGCAGUCGCGCUGCUGCGGUGGUGCGCGACGACGAUGCCGGCGUGCGCGCGCUCCCUGCGGUCGUCUCGCUGCGGCGGCCUGUGUUCUCGCUGCUGGACCACUACGGCCACACCGCAUACAACGUGGUGACGGAGCUGCAGCGCCGCCGCGUGGGCGUGCCGUGGCGCCGUCGUGGUGAGGACUCGCACCACUCUGCCAAGUGGAGUGCUGCGGUGCAGAACUGCCUCCCGCCGGUGAUCCGGUACCACACGGACUUCAGGGCCAAGUGUUGUGGUCUCAACCGCGAGGCGAUGGCAUACAUCCGUUCGCUGAUGGAGCGCUACGGGAUCGGUGUGAUGGGAGGGAAGGGGCGCAGCUCAUGCCCGAAAUCCGGCGACACGCUCCUUCGGCUUGCAUACGCGGGCGUGGGGGAUCUGUUCAGAAGUGUGCCGUCCCAGGCGACCCAGAGCUUUUUCCGCGAUCGCCUGCGCCACCGCGCCGUCCUCGUCUUCCAGCACUCGCGCGCUCACCGUUUCUUCCGACUCCCCAAGCGCCGGUUCCAUGAGUGCCCUGCGGUGUACAUCGGGCACAGCAUGAGCGAGCUGUCCAACAUCCAUCAGAAGUGGAUAGUGCCGAUGCGGACACGUGCCGACGAGAUCUGGACGACGGCGGACUUCUUCGCCACCAUCUACCGCCGCAACGGUGUGAGCCCCGACAAGAUCCGUGUCGUACCGGAGGCCGUGGAUGUGUACGAGUACGACCCGGCCAACUACGCACGGCAGCCCGCGAUGGGUAGGUGCGCGAGCACAUCGCGGUGCGACAACCGGCCGAGCUUGACAGAGGAGGAGCGGCUGCAGCGCUACGUGUUCUUCUCGAGCUUCAAGUGGGAGGACCGCAAGGGGUGGGACGUGCUGCUGAAGGCGUACUGGGACGCGUUCGGCCCCUCUGCCCCGCCGGAGCUGCGCGAGCGCACGACGCUGGUGAUCAAGACACUCCUGACACGUCGCUAUUCUCCCGGUAUGUCUCGUGAUUCGGUUCUACACUUCAUCCAGACAUGGGGACGCGGCGGUGCGUUGCCGGGGAUGACGUCCAUAGCGGACUAUCCCCACCUCAUCAUUGUCACGGGCGAAGUAAGCGCGACUGAGGUUGUUCAGAUGUACGCGAACGCGGAUGCCUUUGUGUACCCGACGAAGGCGGAGGGGUGGGGACUGCCUGCCGUGGAGGCGAUGGCGAUGGGGCUGCCGGUGCUCGUCACGGAGUGGAGCGGGCCGCUGCGGUUCAUGGAGCGCGACUCUUGCUUCCGCAUCCCUGUGGACGGGCUUGAGGAGAUCUCGCCAGACUCGCCGUACGGCUACGAGGAAGGCAUGAAGAUGGCCAUCCCGAGCGUGGAGAAGACUGCGGAGCUGAUGCGGUACGUCGUGGAGCACCCGGAGCAUGCGCGGCGCGUUGGCCGUCGUGCGCGUGAGUACGCUGUGCGUGAGCUGAGCGAGGAGGCCGUUGCGGACCGGAUGGACCGUCUGUUUGUCGACUCUGUGAUCGAGCGGCAGCGCGGCUGA